AGGGCAAGGUGUGGCUCAUCAGAAGCCAAGUACUGUAGGAUAGAAAACCUACUGCAUAGUAGCUCUCCAGGACUGAAGUUGGAGACCCCUGAUUUAUAGUAUUGAUUUUAUACAGGCCCUAUAGCAGUCUAUUCCGGCCACAUUUGGGUCCUUCGUAACAAGAACGCUGUCAGGUUGUGAACAUGCCGACUGUAAGCGUUAAAAGGGAUCUUCUUUUUCGAGCCCUGGACAAGGAAUACACUGAUGAGGAGUUUGAUGAGCUCUGCUUUGAGUUUGGCUUGGAGCUUGAUGAGAUCACGUCAGAGAAGGACAUCAUACUUCGAGAGCAGGGGGACGUGAAGGCAGAGGGGGCCUCUGAUGUUGUCCUGUACAAGAUCGAUGUACCAGCCAACCGCUACGACUUGCUGUGCCUGGAGGGCCUGGUCAGGGGGCUGCAGGUCUUCAAGGAGAAGAUAGAUGCCCCUCAUUACAGGCGCGUGCCUGCAUCCAGCGGGGAGCCACAGAGGCUGAUCAUCACCGAAGAGACGGUGGCUGUGCGCCCCCACGCAGUGGCUGCUGUACUUCGCAACAUCACCUUCACCCCAGAACGCUAUGAAAGCUUCAUUGAGCUGCAGGAGAAACUGCACCAGAACGUAUGCAGGAAAAGGACUCUUGUGGCGAUUGGGACGCAUGACCUGGACACCCUGGUGGGGCCCUUCACUUACACAGCCAAGCCCCCAGGGGACAUCCUGUUCAGGCCCCUAAACCAGAGCAGGGAGUUCACUGCCACUGAGCUCAUGAGCCUCUACAAGACGGACAGCCACCUGCGCCACUACCUGCACAUCAUCGAGGACGAGCCGGUGUUCCCCGUCAUCUAUGACAGCAACGGUGUCGUCCUCUCCAUGCCUCCCAUCAUCAAUGGGGACCACUCGAAGAUCUCCCUGAACACAAAGAAUGUGUUCAUUGAGUGCACAGCAACUGACCUCACAAAGGCUAAAAUAGUUCUGGACAUGGUGGUGACGAUGUUCAGUGAGUACUGCGAAGAGCCAUUCACCAUAGAGGAGACCGAGGUGGUGUAUCCAGAUGGAAGGACAAUCCUGUACCCGGAGCUGGAGUACAGGACGGAAAUCCUGUCCGGAGAUUUCAUCAACACGCGGGUGGGCAUUAGCGAGGAUGCAGAGAGCAUUGCCCGCUUGCUGACACGCAUGUGCCUGCGCUCCGAGGUGCAAGGGGACCGCAUUCACGUGGAGAUCCCACCAACACGCUCCGACAUCAUUCACGCCUGCGACAUUGUGGAGGACGCCGCCAUCGCCUACGGCUUCAACAACAUCGUCCGCACUACACCGCGCACCUAUACCAUCGGCAAUCAGCUUCCCAUGAACAAACUGACAGAACUUCUGAGGAUGGACCUGGCUGCAGCUGGAUUCACCGAGGCCCUGACUUUUGCCCUGUGCUCCCAGGAGGACAUUGCUGAUAAACUGGGCCACAACAUCGCUGAAAUGAAAGCAGUGCACAUCGCCAACCCAAAAACGGCCGAGUUCCAGGUGGCACGGACCACACUUCUGCCUGGCUUGCUGAAGACUGUGGCGGCUAACAGGAAGAUGCCAUUACCUCUGAAGCUGUUUGAGAUCUCUGACGUAGUGCUGAAGGAUGAAACAAAAGAUGUGGGUGCCAGGAACAAUCGUCGCCUGUGUGCUGUCUACUACAACAAAAGCCCAGGGUUCGAGGUCAUUCACGGCCUUCUGGACAGAGUCAUGCAGCUGCUGGAUGUCAAACCCGGAAAGCGAGAGGGUUACCACAUACAGGCAGCUGACGAUGCCACGUACUUCCCCGGCCGCUGUGCUGAAAUCUUUGCCCAUGGGAUGAGCAUUGGACACCUGGGGGUCCUUCAUCCAGACAUCAUCAGCCGCUUUGAGCUCACCAUGCCCUGCUCUGCCCUGGACGUCGAUAUUGAGCCCUUCCUGUGAGAGGGUUCCUUGUCCACCUAAGCAAUUCUGGCUCCCCCACACCCCACCCCGGCCCCCUCUGCUGCUUAUGGGUAUAAUGCAGCCCCCUCUCCAUAAUCCCAGCCAGUCAUAUUCAGUUUCCCAGCUGACCCCAGAGCUACUCCUCAUCCUACGGUGCUCGGUGAUGGCCCCAAGCAAAGCUACCCCCCACCCCCGAAUAUUUUUCUAUCAUCAACAAAAUCAAAACCAUUUCCUACUUAAAUUGGUGCAAGUCAUGCUAGGGAGGUUUGUCAUCUGCACCUCCCCCCAUCUUUCUCACUUCCACCACCCACACUUGUCUGUUGCAAGCUUGUUAAUAUCUCUUUGGUAACCAGAGCAGAGCUUGUAGGGGAGGGUCGUGUUGCCUGUUCCUGAAUGUGCCAUGUGCGCUCUGUCUCCCCCUAGUGGUCACCCAGGGCCUGUGUCACCUCCAGGCUUCUCUUUUAGCCACAUGACCCUGAUCAAUGGCAAACCUCUUGUUGAUUAUUGUCCUUUGCUAACAUGUAGGCCUCAGCUUCUGCAAUUGGUUCUUUCGGGAGUGCAUGCCGCUCAGCCCUGCACACCCCAUUGUGUGACUCGCGUACCCUGUAAUGGGAUCCUAGUAGAAUCACUUGGGCUGGCGGCAGCGCAGUACAUAUUUAUAAACACCAUGACAUAUCCUUUUACUGUCACUUUGUCUGCACCUUACAUUAAAUCAAUAAGAGAAAUAAAAGCCUUGAAUAAA